GUUUCCUGAAAAAAAAAAAGGGAAGUGAAUUAAUGUAUAUUUGUAUACUUUGCUUUGUUGUGUUUGUAAUGCUAUUGUUUUUAAACCAAGUUAAUAAACCACACGUUGGAUCCAGUACUGACGUGGUUUUGUUUCGAUACACCAAGUAGUGUUAGUGUUCUGGUUUCGUAUUUUAUUAUUUAACAGCAACAACAAAGAAGAAGUUUGCUACCACGACAACGUCAAGCUAGACAGAAUUUUAUAGCAGUAACAAUUUAGUGUUUCUUGCUGACGCAAGUAGCCCUACUCUCCUCUCCAGAGUAGUUUUUGAGCGUGAACUGAAACAUCAAAUCCGGAUAAUUGUGUUUCAUAAGAAAUUGAAAUUCUUCGUCUUGCUUCAGUUAAACCGUUUGUACAAAGUGUGCGAUUACCGCUUUUAAUGUGUGUUCAAAAAUGACAAGCAGUCUUUACAUGCUGUGUUCCUUGAUCAGUACUGUAGGCUAUAAGUAGAAUCAACACAGCCCGUACUUCUAGUCGCGUAAUUUGAAUAUUAGAUAUCCAAGUAAUGAAACGACAACUUGCCAAAGACAAGUCUGAUCACGUGACAGAACUCUUCUAAACAGGGUGAAGCUGUCUUCCUGCGUUUCAUUAGUGGUUUCGGUUCCGUGGCGGAAGGAUGGAACGUGCGAGAACAAACAUUGCUACGCCUUUAAGAAUUUCCCCUUCAUUAGUUGCAAUCAUGAAACAUCCAACUGCGUGAUUUUUUACAGGAUAUCCGUUUAAAUUAGUCUGUUUGGUAUUACUGAUAUUUUUACACACAGUGUUAAAAGUUAUUCAUUUCCUCACGAGUUAACUUCAAAAAUAUAUGCAAGGGAACACAUACACUCUGACUGAGCGUCGUAGUUAUAAAACUUGUUUACAGUGACACAUGUUCCGAAAAGGAUGCUAUGACGAUAUACAAGAAAACAACUGAUGUGAUGGCAACUUGGGUGAAACGUUUUUACGGAGGUGUUGCAGGAAGUAUCUGGCUAAGGAUUAUUUUCUUUUGGACUCUCACCAUUGUAUUAUUCUGUCAUGAAGUUCAACCUCAGGCGCAAAAAAAUACUACAGAUGAAAAUAAAGGCUUGAAAAUUAGUUUUCUUUAUAGAUGCUAUAAUGAAUCAAGAGAGAAUUACAGGGUGAGGCUUUAUCUUUGGAAAACAAUUGUUGUUGAUAUUAUGGAUAUCUACAAGUUAGAGACUCUCGUUCCAAGAGAAACUGUACGUCUGAACAUAUCAAGAGGAAAUUACCCUUUUUUAAGUCGUCCAUUGUUUUCCAGUAUAAACAAUUUAUACAGCCUUGGGUUGAUUGAAAGCAACAUCAAUAACGUAACAUCAACGCUAUUUACUGGAUUGUAUAAUUUGCUUGUUUUGGAUCUAAGACAGAAUAAAAUACAGACUUUAGAUCCUCUACUCUUCUUAGAAACGCCCAAAAUAGUAGAAAUUAACCUUUCUAAUAAUUUAAUUUUUUCAUUUCAACUUAUCUCAGAAGCUCUUUCUACGCUAAGAUUUUUGUUGAGAUUGGAUCUUUCAAGCAACUCUUACUUUCGGGACUUGUACAAAGAGGAUUUACAAGUUUUACAGAACAGUUCCAUAAAAAAACUAUUAUUACAAAACUGUAGCUUAACUGUGGUUGAAGAAGGGGCACUAGGAGUCUUUGAAAAUUUGAAUAUAUUGAAUCUGGACAACAACCUUAUGUCUGAAGAGGCGUUAAAGAAUACUACAUUAGGCCUAACAAACACAAAAAUUCAGAUAUUGUAUCUACGUUAUCUCCGCCAUUUGAUAAAGUUUCCUUCGUACGGUAUCGCAUCUCUUUCAAACACUUCCAUAAAGUUUUUGUAUUUGGAUAAAAAUUACCUGAAUUCUGCUUAUUCACUUCCUUAUAUGCCCUUUUUAAAAGUUUUUUCCUUAAAUUAUUGUUCAAUUCCGUUUCUUUGUAGUUUUCAAAAUGUUUCAGAAUUAGAAGAACUAUACCUUAUCGGAAACAACAUAAUAUCUAUUGAUAGUGGGGAAUUUGUUUCGCUUACAAAUCUACGAAAACUUGAUAUGACGGAUAACGGAAACGAAAAAGUGCGAUUUGCACUAGGAAAACGUCAGUUUUCUACUUUGGUAAAUUUAGAAAAACUUUAUCUUAGUAAAAUCUAUAUGUAUGAUACUCUCAAAAGAAAUGAUUUGUACGGCCUUAUAAACUUAAAGGUAUUAGACCUUUCAUUAAACUACAUAGAAAUAGAGGACUUUGCAUUCGAAACCUUACGAUCUCUUCAAUUUCUUAGCUUAGUGGAUAAUAAAAUGAAAUAUUUAUCUAAUUACACAUUUUAUGGUCUUGAAAAUCUCCACUUCCUUUUUUUGAAAGGAAAUCUCUUAGUUCUAGAAAACAAUACUUACCCUUUUCAAAUGACGCCUUCUUUACAAGCUUUGUUUUUGGACUACAAUGAAAUAAAAUUAUUGCAGCCUAGAAUGUUCUCUUUCUGCACAAAUCUCAAAAAUCUGACCUUGUCACACAACAAUUUAGUGGCUUGGAAUGAACCUGUAUUUUCAAAUAAAUCCAAUUUAAUAUCACUACAUUUAGAUAACAACGAUAUAAGUUACGUUACCCAAGCUAUGUUGAAGGAUUUUCAGAACCUGCAGUAUCUAAUUCUUUCCCGUAACCCAUUUGAUUGUUAUACGUGCGGAAUGGACGUUUUCCAACAAUGGUUGAAAAGUACCAACGUUUCGAUUGGAGACCUUAACGUAUCUCUAGCGUAUUCCUGUGAAGGAACGAAAAAACUAGAAGGUCAGUCCAUUCUAAGUGUAGAGAUACCAACAGACCACUGCAGAGUUCACUUUGUUAAUAUCGUAUUAAUUUUAUCGACAACUUUAACCUGCAUCGCAAGUUUCAUUACGGUUGUAACCCUGGUCGGUUACCGCUUUCGUUGGUAUAUCAAGUACUAUUGGUUUUGGUUACGCACAAAAGUAAAACGAUAUCGAGAGAUCGAAGAAGGCAAUAAUUAUGUCUAUGACGUUUUCGUUUCCUACAAUAACACCGAGGUAGAAUGGGUAUAUCGUAAACUAUUGCCUACUAUAGAGACCGAUGAAACUCAACUUAAGGUUUGUAUCCACGACAGAGACUUUGAACUUGGAAGACCAAUAACCGAAAAUAUUCUCCAAGCAAUCACGAAAAGUAGAAAGACACUUCUCGUUCUUUCGGAUUCUUUUGUGAAAAGUAAUUGGUGUAUGUUUGAACUUCAUAUGGCACAAUGUCGGCUGCUGGACGAGAGUCGUGACGCGCUCAUUUUGGUCUGUUUGAGUAAAGUUGACGAGAAGCUUAUUUCAAAGAACCUGAAAUACUUAAUGAAGACAAGAACGUACAUACACUGGACAGAAGAUUCUGUGGGACAAAAGCUUUUCUGGAAAAGACUAAAUCUUGCUUUGUCUAAAACUAACGCGCAAGGGGAUAUUAUAAAUCAGGUGUAAAAAUCGUGUAUAUACGGUAUUGAUAUUUUAUGUGUGUUAAACUCGAGAUGUAAAAGACCUGAGUAUUUAUUUGCUUUAGCGAACAUGCUGGAUGUAAAGCAACAAGAAACUACUCAGAAGGUUGAGGUAACCAAUGUGAUACAAAUGUAGUAGGUAGUCAAUAUACCAUUGAUUUAGGACCUGUAAAUGUUAGCUGGUUGUCUUAGGAAAGUGAGAAAGCUACUUUAUAAUUAAAAAAAAUUUACUGUUAAUUAGUCUGCCACUAGGAGGCAGCUACAUGUAUAAAGUUGUAAUUUGUAAAUUCACAAUGUUAUUAUUUACUUGAAUUGUAUUCACUGCCUAUUUACAGCUUGAAAAUGUGUUUGAUUUAUUAUUUGAACGCUGUAUGUUAAAUAUUGCUUUCAAUUUGCCAGUUGUUUUAUCCAGCUCGUAGUGUAUUAAGCUUCAUAUGAUGUGAUUUAAAAUAACUACGAAAGUUUUAGGAUUUUUCUUUCUGCUCCAUAUGUUGCUUUUUUAUUUCGUAUGAUAAACGAAAAACUUUUUGUCAAAGUGUUAUGUAACAUAAGCGUUACAUUUUAUCAGUGUUUCUUGGUUUGUUAUUCGUUGAUUUGGGCAUACAGACAGGUGUUUAAGUAGACACAGCCUUAGAAGCCGUUAGAUGACUACAGUAAGUCAUAGAAAAGGACACCUAUGUAUGGAAACUCAACUCUUCAGUCUGGAAUUUACUUACAACACUGAACAAAUACGGAAACAAAAAGCACAUCGACCGAAUUUUUUAUUAUUUUUUAAAUUUCGUACAACGCUACUCGAGGGCUCUCUGCAUUAGCCAUACAUAGUUUUGAAGCGACAGACUAGAAGGACAUUAAUUAGAAAUGAGUGUCCGCAAAGUAACAUGUCGAAAGCCCACUAACCACCAAGGGGUAAUCAUGUAUGUUAAAAAUGAAUCAAAACUAGGUGCACUGUGGUAUACAAGAAUCAGAUCUAGGUUCACGUUCAUGUACAAGAUUCAUAAAUACCUCUAAAUUACCAACAAUUAUAAAUACAUAUUUUGUGAUGCAGAGUGGUAAAGUUGUCAUGCAUAACGUUGUGACGUACAAGAAGGGGUAAAAUUACUCGUAAACAGUACUAUAUUACUGAAUAACUAGUUGCAUACUACACCAUUUCUUAUGAUUAUUUACUAGAGCUAACAAUACACUAAUAGAUAAAUUAUUGAAGGAACACCUAUAAAUAGCCGUAUAUUACACCAUGACUUAUAAUUAUUUACUAAAAGUUACAAUACACUAAUAAAUAUAUUAUUGAAAAAAUGUCUGUAACUUCCAAGAAGUUACAGCAUGAUUUGUAACUAUUUUCCAGAACUAAAAAUAUACAACGUAAGAGUAGUGUCAUGAUAAUUGGAUGAAGGUUUUGUGGUCUAAAGGUUCAUCUUCAAAGUACUUUGAGCAGAUAGGAGUGUUGAAAUAUUGUGAAAAUCCCAAGAAUCUGGCGAUGCAUUUUGUGAACAGGUCAGGCUAUUAUAGAUGUGUAAUAAUUUAAGAAAUAUUUAGGUGGCAUUAUUCAAGAACUUUGAUUAUCUUGAAGGCCCUAGUGAUAUCCAAAGAUUAUCAAUGCAUUUUGUUGACUAAAUAUACCCAAUAAUGCUUUUCAUGUAUUCAGCACUGAUGGACUACUUCAGGAUGACAAUGCCACCAUCCGCCCUUUGAUACAAAACUGGUUUUGGGCUCAUUGCAGUCUCCAAAUCUCUUCUUGGAGAAAUGGUGCCAAAUAUCGCUAGAUAGCUGUUGUCAUCCUGUGUAUUUAAUGUCAUGUCGUUAUUGAUACCGUCAUAAAAGUCAGGAAUAACCCAAUCCUUUAUUAGGCUCAUUCUGUAAUUUUUGGAUCAUUCAAUGUGUAAACGCUCCUUGCUAAUGCUUCACUGUCUAAUAUAAAUGCAAUUCUAUUCGGCUUCCUUAAUCUGUAAGAAUGAACAUUAACUUAGUAAAUGAAAUUUGAAUCAGAAGUGCAAUAAAACACUUCUUUAUCGGCACCAGUUCAUUAAUAAAACGAUCCCCAAUGUUUCAGCAGUAAGACAAAAGGCUUACAACACUAAAAACUGGGGU